AUGAUUUCAGGUCUUUCUUCCCCUCUCGCCUCGCUGACGGCUAUCAAUGCUAUCGUGUUUGGCGUACAUGGCUCAGUUUGCCGGGAGUUCUCGAACCCGGAUUCCCUUCGAGCGCAUUUCUUCGCCGGUGCUGCCGCUGGCAUGUUGCAGAGUAUCAUCGCCGCUCCAUCAGAGCGAUUGAAGCUGCUGAUCCAGAUCCAGACGGAUGCGGCUCACACGCGGUACCAAUCACCUCUGCAUGCAGCUCGAACAAUUAUCGCCAAGCACGGCUAUAUGAGCCUCAACAGAGGGUUCUUGGCGACGUUACUCCGUGACUGCCCUGCCUUUGGCAUCUAUUUUGCCUCAUACGAAUACAUGUCACGAAGGAUGAGCAAAGACGGUCAAAUGGAGUCACUCACUGGUCCACAGCUCCUUCUAGCCGGAGGUGGUGCCGGUAUGUUGUCAUGGUUGUUCAACUAUCCAACGGAUGUUGUCAAGACUCGGUUCCAAACCACUAAAUAUCGUAAUUACAUGCAUUGUAUACGAAGUACAUAUCGAGAAGGCGGAUUACGGGUCUUCUUCACUGGUCUCGGCUCCACGUUAUUACGGGCCUUCCCUUCAAAUGCUGCUACCUUCUUCACAGUUGAAUGGACGUAUCGUCUGCUGCUCGAUUUCAACAUACUCGGCGUUGGAACACCUGCUGAACACCAUCUGCAGGUAGAUGAGCACACCAUUGCAGAACGAUUACGUCGAAUUUUGCCCUUGGCAUGCUUGCAAUCGGUCUAUGCGAGUGACGUGGUCGCUGGUGCUAGUAAUGGUUCACAGCAGAUUCUACUUUUGCUUGAUUAA